UAUUUAUCAUUAUGCAGUUGCAGAAGAUUACUUGACAGGAUUCACUUUACAGUGCAAAGGCUGGAACUCUGUGUUUCAUGCCACAUCAGUGCCCCAAUUUUUAGGCACUACCACAACGAAUUUGAAUGACCUAUUGACUCAAGGCAUUAGAUGGAGCUCUGGAUUGAUGGAUGUUGGUCUCUCUAAGUUUUGCCCUUUUAUAUAUGAUCCUUCAAAAAUGCUUUUUCUCGGGAAAAUGUGCUAUGCUGAGCUUUCGUUCUUCCCUCUCUAUUGCCUGCCUCUUUGGUGCUUUGCUACUGUCCCUCAACUCUGCCUAUUGAAUGGCACCUCUAUAUAUCCUGAGGUCUCAAACCCAUAUUUUAUCAUAUUCCCUUUCAUAUUUAUGUCAUCGAGCAUUAAACUUUUGUAUGAAAUCUUCAUAACUGGAGGAUCAUAUAGAUCAUGGAUAAACGAACAAAGAAUAUGGAUGAUUAAAUCGAUUACUUCUCACUUGUAUGGAUGUUUGGAUGCAUUCAUGAAGAGAAUUGGCAUGAGGAAAACCAGUUUCUUGGCGACAAACAAAGUCGAUGAUGAUGAACAAGUUAUGCUAUACAAAAAGGGUUUGAUCGAUUUCCGAACUUCAGCAAUGUUUCUUGCUCCAUUGAUAACCCUAAUGAUGUUGAACAUGGUUUCCCUUGUUGUGGGAAUGGCAAGGCUAAUCCUUGUGGGAGAUUUGGGGAAAUGGUUUCUUCAAGUUUUGAUAUCAUUUUACAUCUUAGUAAUGGGUUACCCUAUCAUGGAAGAUAUUUUAAUAAGGAAAGACAAAGGAAGAAUUCCUCCAUCAAUCACCAUUUUCUCUGCUUCUGUUACAUUGCCCUUGAUUUUCUUGCCACUAGGAUCUAGAUUUUAAUGCACUAAAUAUCAUAUUAGUUUGGUACCUAUUUCAUUUUGUAAGAUGCCUAAUAA